AUGUUGAAGUUAAUCUGAUUUGUCAGGUAUGUAUAGUUAAUUUCGUUGUUUAAUAUAUUGUGUUAACAGAGUUAAUUGACUAAUAGUCCUAUGCUGUUCUAAAAUCUCAAGACGCGAACAUAUUUGUUAUUCAAUGUGCCAUAAUGUAGGCAGUAUAUCGUUAUUGUAUGUCAUCAUUAUAUUUGAUUCAGGUAUUCCGAUGAAUAUCAAAAAAGUGACCUGCUCCAAAGCAAAUAUUUAAUCAGUUUAAUCACAUUGAAUGAGUUUGAACAUCUUCACGUAGUAAGAUCGAGUCUUAAAUUGUCGUCUAUUCAACUAGAACACGAUGAACUAACAUUAGAGAAUUAUGUGUGUAGAUAUCGGUAAGUAGAUUUAGAAAUUACUCUUACUAUUGUUAUAAAUACAUAAUAUAACAGUAAUAAAGUGUAA